AUGGAAACUUUUGAGGGGUUAAUUCUCGAACAGCAACAACUGGGUCAAUUAAUCCAGAAAUUGAUUUCGAAUUUCAAAAAGGAUCCAAAAGAAAGGAAAUUGAAUAAAGCUUACUUUGAAGAACGUAAAAGGCGUUUAACUAAUAUAUGGUCUGAAUUUGAAGAAAAUGACAACCGUAUCAGGGAGUUGUCAGAUGUCGAAACCACUCAUGAAUAUUUUACUAAUGAGGAUUAUUUAAAAACUAAAGACUUAGCAGAAUGCUACAUUGCUCGAUUCACUCAGCAACUACAGGAGUUCAGUGAUGAAGCAAAUCCCGGCAAGAAGUCGCAAGUAUCUAAACAAACAGAAAUUUCAUGUCUCAUUAACAAGCAAAUGGGAAUGAAAAUAUCAUUAAAACGACUAUUGGAGAAGGUCCAAGGAGAUUUGGGAUCAAACACGUUUACUGCAUUGGAAAUAUACAAAAUAAAAAUCAACAAGUUGUGGCAAGAAAUUGAGGAACUCAAUUUUAAUAUAUGGGAAAUCGCUAGUGACCCACUAUCAAUUGGUUACAAUAUAGACGAUUAUCAACAAUUAGAGGAAUUAAUACAACAAACUUUGAUUUCAAUUUCUGAGCUGAUAAUAACAAAACAACCACAUGUAGUUACAACAGAGGUAACUAACAAUCCAAUCCAAUUACCGAAGGUGUCUAUACCGCAAUUUGGCGGAGAUUAUCUUAAAUGGACACAAUUUUAUGAUAUGUUCUCUCAAAUGGUAGACAACCAAUCACUACCCAAGGUACAAAAGAUGUGGUUUUUAAAAAAUAAUUUAUCAGGAGAAGCAGAGAGGCUCAUCAGACAUCUGCCAACUACCAAUGAUAGUUACGACGUAGCAUGGAAGAUACUUCAGGAGAGAUACAGGAAUAAGAGGAUAUUAACAACCAUGUUAAUACAACGGCUGCUCGGACAACCUCAAUGCUCUGGCACUGCAAUGUCUCUAAAGUCACUACAUGAUGUCAUACAUGAAUGUUUGUUGGCAUUAAAUAACUUAAAUGUUCAAACAGUUCAUUGGGAUCCACUCCUCCUUCAUUUAUUAACAAAGAAGCUGGAUGCAACUACACAUACGUUGUAUGAGCAAUCAUUGGCAAGGCCAAAGGAAUUACAAUCAAUGACAGGGUUUCUAAGUUUCAUUGAAACACGUUUUCAAACUCUGGAAGCAAUCGGCCAAAAGAGUACUACCAAUAAUAACGUAAAGGUAUGUAAUACCGCAACAAUCAACAAAUCAAUCAGGCAAUCAUGCAUAUAUUGUAAGCAAGAUUUACAUCAAAUAUACCAAUGCAAAGGGUUCUUACAAGCAAAUACUUUUGAACGACUACAAUUUGUUAAAAAACAAAACUUAUGUCGUAACUGUUUGCGACCAGGUCAUAUAGCAUACAACUGUAAAUCAGGCAAUUGUAUCAAAUGUAAUCAAAAACACAACUCUUUACUACAUGUAAACUCAUGGGUUAAUGGCACUGAAAAACAUACAACAAUACCAAAGUCGAACAAUACUCAACGCAAUGUAAGCACAGGUUUAAGCGUUGAUCAUCAAGCAUCAUUAACUAUUGCAAGAAGGCACAAUGAACAGCAAUAUGUAUUCUUAGGAACAGCAACUAUAAGAUUAUUGGCACGUAACGGCCAAGAAAUUCAAUGUAGAGCAUUAUUAGACUCAGGUUCUCAAGUUAAUUUAAUGACCGAGAGGGUAGCUCAUCGACUAGGAAUAACUCCAAAAGCAACAUCAAUGCGUAUAAAUGGAGUUGGUAACACCACAAAGGGUGCUCGUCAAAGAAUCAGCACUGUCUUUAAAUCAAUGAAUAGCAAUUUCAAUACAAAUUUAGAAGCAUUUGUGUUACCACAUAUUAUUGCUCCACAACCAACACAAUGUGUCAAUAUCAGUUCAUGGAACAUUCCAAAAAAUAUUACAUUAGCUGAUCCUAACUUCAAUGAGCCACAAAAAAUAGACGUAUUAUUAGGAGCUGAAUUUUAUCCACAUCUCUUAACGUCAGGGCAAAUCCAAUUGGGAGUCGACAAACCAAUACUCCAGAAUACUACUCUUGGAUGGGUUGUAAGUGGCAAACUAUCAGAAACAGCAAAAGGUGACGCAGUCUGUUGUAUGUUUAGCGAAGAAGAAGAUUCGCUAAAUAAUCUUCUCGUCCGAUUUUGGGAUCUUGAAGAAUCAGCACAAAAUUCAAAACUACUGUCUGAUCAAGAAAAAUUAUAUGAAACUCAUUUUGUGGAAAACUUGAAACGUACUAAAGAAGGCAGAUUUAUUGUGAAAUUGCCACUUAUUGACAGUGUAUCAACAUUAGGAUCCUCUAGUGAAAUUGCACAACGCAGAUUUUUCUCUCUUGAACGACGGCUGUCAAAAAAUGAAGCAUUAAGGACAUAA